CAUUCAAGGAUCUACUCUAAGUGGGUCCGACCUGACGCCUCAUUCCAUCCUCCAGCAACUGACUGGCUGUUCCCCUCGCGAUUGGGUCGUCGUAUAAGGUGGUCAAUGAUGUCUGAGUUGCUGGGGUGAAAGCGAGGAGGCACGACUUCGUGGUUGUCCAUUGGUGGGGUUUGUUGUGGUCGCCUCCAGGGAACGGUGGUGUGUGGUAGCGGUCCGCCUCAUGGUUCCCUCGCUCUGACUGUCGGAGAAUAGUAGUCGACAAGGGCGUUUGCUCCGCACUCGCAGUGCCAUAGUUUUUGUUGCUGGGGUUUUCCGACUUUUAUGCGUCGGUGACUAGUUACUGAGGUUUUUGAGCAGGUAGUCGGUGCGUUGCGUGGUUACGGGGAAUAUAUAUACAAGUUGAGGCCUGUUGGUCAGAGAAGUAGCGUCUCGGAGUUCUGUGGCUUGAGAGUGUGGUGGCUUAGUGUUCUGGCAGGGAAGGAGGUUGGUAUUGAAUCAGAUGAUUCAUGUGAAGGAGUGUGUUGAUUGGUAACCAGUGGACUUUGUUGCUGUAUCAACGCAAGAGCCAUUAUUUCAUCGCCCGCCUUGACCCCCACCUCCCCUGUUCCAUUGUCACAAGCUGAAACAUACCUAAGCUCAGCAAACCAAAAUACCUUCUACAACUUCGUAUCCUAUUUCUAUUUUUCUUGAAAUAGUGCUAAGCGAAGGUGUACUAGUUUUUGUGUUGUUUCGGUGUUUGACGAAAUCCGAAGUUGGCUUCUCCGAGUUUCCAAGUUGCUUUGUGUAACCGACGCAUCGGAAGUUACCACACCUUUCACCCUUUUACAUACUUGGAGAUGUAGCAUCCUUUGACGGGGUUUUGGGACUCCUUGAAUCCCUAAGUUUUUCUCUCCCAACUUGGGGUUUUCUCGUUUCUUACUGUAUCUGGAGAUUUUGAGAAUCGUAACAUAGUUCAGAAGGAUCGUCACUGGGAUAUUUGCGGUGAGCACGAUGCCGGGACUUCGGAGACACCCAGGCAUCAGUUCAUACACCAACUCCAUCUACCAUGCGGAUAUGCUCACUCCUCCCACCGCUAUGGAUCAGUAUUCAUGGGACCGCGACAAAUCCAUCAUUUCUCGAAGGCCUGUAACGAGCCGGCAGGUUGUACCUCGCCCUCUUCUGUGGUUUCAGAAGGAGAGGAGAGACCAGUGCAAUUAUCUAGGUACCAAGGCUCCCAGCACCGCUCCUGCAGUGCCAGUGUGCCACGGCAGCAAUGAAAGUGAUGACCUGCAGGCCAUGGUGCACGAGUUUAUCGAGAAUGAUCCGUUGGAGUACAUGGAUGGAGUGGACAGCGAUGGCCCUUCCCCCGGCAAGAAACUUAUAGAAAAUUUACAGAUGCGCAUAGCGCCAAGUGUGCUUGAACGAGAACUGGCGACAGAGGUGAAGCUGCUCCUGCUUUCUAUCAAGGAAGACUUGGAUCUCGUCUGUGACCCUGAGGGCUCUGCUUGCAAAGGGGGUUGUGUCAAGCGCUUUGUGGUCAAGCAUCUCCAGGUUACCGGAUACGAUGCAGCUUUGCGCAAAUCCAAGUGGAUCAGCUCUGGCCGAGUUCCUGGAGGCGAGUAUGAGUACAUUGACGUGAUCAUCAACGAUGACCGAGAGAUGGAACGGCUUAUUGUGGAUGUAGAUUUCCCAGCUCAGUUUGAGAUUGCAAGACCCAGCCAGCAAUACGAAGCCGCUUUGAAGAUCCUUCCUGCAGUCUUCGUCGGCUCACCAACGAAGUUGAAGCAGAUCCUGCAGUUCAUGUCGGAGGCUGCAAAAGCAUCCUUGCGACAGAGCGAUAUGCAUCUUCCUCCAUGGCGCACAUUUGUCUAUAUGAGUUCGAAGUGGCUAUCGAUGUCCGAGCGAAAGAUCGACCCAGUCCCAAUGUCGUCCACUAAACAACCCCGCAGCUUCCACUGGCAGGAGAACAAGACCCUCGUCUCAACCGUUGCCAAGCAAUGUAUGGAGCAAUUGCGCCAUACUAAAAUGAUCCUAGUUGUGGAAAUGAAGUCGUCAGGCGUUGUGGCCAACCUCACACGUGGGCGAAGUUCACGUGUCAGUCCGCCCCUCCGAACCGUUGUGUAAGUAACUCGCUGCAUGGCUCCAGAAUGCAUUGAAAACUAAAAUCAUUGCAGUGAUCGGAAUUUGUUAAAUUUUUCUCGAGUACACGAGAAGAACCGAAAUUUUGAUACCAGUUUUGGCCGUUGAAAUUUUGAUACCAAUUUCCCCCCUAGGCAGAUUCAGGUUUAGAGUUUUAGGAUUUGCGUUUGAUGUUCCUAGCUGAAGCAACCCCUGGCGAUAACUAUGUCGGAUCAGUCCAGUAUGAAGAGAUUUAUAGAGGAUGGUUGGCUACCAGCAGUUGGGACUGCAACUUGCUGAUCCAUACUUGAACCGAAAACACCAACAUCGCGGCAUACUUUCCCUGUCACUGUCAUCAUGGAAAGGAUUCAUGUUUGGCUAGAUGACCUCGAAGAGUCUUAGAAGUUAGAUUAACGCACGGCUUGACACUCUUGUAACUGUUUUUGAGAGACUGGGCACUUCAGCGUCCAAACUGCUGCUGCUUCGCUAGAGACUUUGCCCAUUAUUUUGCAUUCAGCAUGCUAGUAGCUUUUAUUGUUCAACUAGCAUCCCACCUGUCGGAACAGUGAAAAUCGAUAUAAUUGUCAUGUGUAGACAGUGAGGAGGUGACCUCUACCAGAGGACCUUGCGGAAGUGAGAAAAAAUCUUUUUUUUCGAUUAAAUGUGAUGCUCCAUCAAAGGCGAUUGGCUGUUUCUAAUUGAUGCAGCUCUUUGUGAAUC